CUGUGUUAAUGUGAACAGUCUUCGGUUUCUUGGGGCGCUAGAAGGAAUGUGGGGUUUCAACGACAUCAUCGCCUUCCACAACAGAGACCUUCGAGAAAGCUGAACCCCCACAGAGCAUGCUCCUCCAAAACAGGGAUCAUGACCACACCCGGCAUCUCUAUCCAGAUAUUCUCUCCUCUCACGAGGUCCCUCUGCCAAGGACACGUGCAGUUGGGGUACAUUCUAUCGUGGCAGGCUCUUUGAACGACUCGCCAAUGGGACCUCUCCCAAAUCCCCGUUUGCGGGUUGUAGCGCGUCUAAGGGUGACCCUGUGCCUUGGAAUCGACAUGAACGGUUCCUGGGCUUCGUGGGCCCCCCCCCGUCUGUUGCCACAUCCCACUACUCCCUGGUAACCGUAUUGAGUACCCACGGCAUCAUGAAGUUGGUUCUCAUUGCAGCCCUGUCAGACUGUCAGACGGUGCGCAACGUCCGCUUUGAAAAAAGGUUUAAAAGGCGGAGGGAGGCGGCGACUCGGGGUUCCGGAUGUAGAAUUGAAUCUUUAUGAACCUUUGACCAUUCGCUAUUGAGUGGAAUUUUUGAUCUUUUCUUUGAUACAUUUCAACUAUCCACCCGGCUGUUCAAGUAAAUAAUCGUCAUCAUGUCGAACAAACCCAUCUUCGUGGCCACCCACCCCAGGGCCUGUUCAACGGCCUUUGAGCGCGUCUUCAUGACCAGACAUGAUAUCCUUCACUGUGUCCACGAGCCAUUCGGUGAUGCCUUCUACUACGGUCCUGAGCGUUUGAGCGAACGUUUCGAAGAUGAUGAAGAGGGCCGCAAGAAGAGCGGUUUCUCCCAGAUCACUUACAAGGAUGUUGUCGACCAAAUAUUCGACCCUGCCGCCAGUGAGGGCAAACGCAUCUUCAUAAAAGACAUCACCCACUACCUCCUCCCCCCACACCAAAAACCAGUCAGCAUUCCUCCAUCCCUCUCCUCCUUUGCCUCUCCAGCAGACUCCAACAACCCAACCGUCCUCCCCAUCUCCCUCCUUCGCGAAUUCCACUUCACCUUCCUCAUCCGCCACCCCCGCCGCGCAAUUCCCUCUUAUUACCGGUGCACAAUCCCACCUCUGUCAUCCAAAACUGGUUUCCACAAUUUCAUGCCCUCGGAAGCCGGCUAUGACGAGCUCCGUCGCCUCUUCGACUACCUUCUCGCUGAAGGCCUUCUCCUACCCCCAUCCGACAAAGCCAACGGCCACAAGCACGACGAAGAUGCCGUGAAAAUCACAGUCAUUGACGCCGACGACCUCCUCGACCACCCCGCAGAAAUCAUCCAGCGGUACUGCGAGGACGUGGGGAUCGAUUAUGACCCUAAAAUGCUCAAAUGGGACGACGACGAGCAGCACAAGCGAGCCAAGGAGGCGUUCGAGAAGUGGAACGGCUUUCACGACGAUGCCAUUGGGAGCACAGAGUUGAAGCCGAGGGUGAACGGGCCGAAGAUCCUAACCGAAGAGGAAGAAAACGCCCAAUGGAAAGAGAAGUACGGCGAGGAAGGGCAAAGGCUGAUCAGGGAGACGGUCGACGCCAACGUGGCCGAUUACGAGUACCUCAAACAGUUCGCCGUCAAGGUUUAGACAAUGGAUAGACACCACAAGUUGAAUAAUAUACAUUUUUUUAUCCUCCUCCCCAUUUUAACACGCAAAUGCCCAUCCCGUCUAAAAAUACACGAUUGUUCAUACCCCCUUCUUAGCUUUAAAGACCCUCCUUAGCCCACUUGGGCGCCUUGCCCGUGAACGGCUUCGGUGCUCUUGGUCUACUCUUCCACCCAGUCUCGCCCUCAGGCGUAGGCAAAAACGGCUGCAUCUUCUUCGCCUUCUUCGCCGCACGCUGCUCCUUCAACUUCGCCUUCUCCUCCCUCUUCGCCAGCUUCUUCUCCGCCAACACCGCGUGAAGGUCCACCAGCCUCUCCUGGUUGGCGAUCAUCUUUUCCAAGUCCUCGUUUGUCCAAUCAUCCUCCGGCAAGCCAAGAACAUGCUCGACGUUGUCUGGCCAGCUCUCGGCAAAGUGGUGAUCGAGCUCGUUGGCCCAGAACACGCGGACUUUGUGAAGUACCGGGACCGGUUCCUCCAGUGGUUGUAGCUCCUGGAUCUGCUUCUUAACCUCCUCGAUCUGCUUCUUCACCUUUGCGAUAUUUUUAGUUUCUUUCACCUCCAUAUCCUCCCCCCCCGCCCUCCCCUCCCCUCCCCC